AUGCAACGUUCUUCCAAGAAAGCCUGCAACGAACUUCUCCGGUACCGGUGGCGUUUCCGGCGGCCGACGGGAGACCUGCAGCCAUGCGACGUGUUCAUUAACCACCGGGGGAUCGACACAAAACGGAACGUGGCCGGAAUGCUUUACGACCGGCUCCGGAGGCACCGGCUCCGGCCGUUCUUGGACAGCAAGAGCAUGAAGCCCGGAGACAAGUUGUUCGAGAAAAUUGAGCCGGCGAUACGAGGUUGUCGGGUUGGAGUGGCCAUCUUUUCGCCGCAGUAUUGUGAGUCGUAUUUUUGCCUACAUGAGUUGUCUCUCAUGGUGGAGAGCAAUAAAAGGGUGAUUCCAGUUUUUUGCGACGUAAAGCCCUCUGAGCUUGCAGUUAAGGACAACGUUUUUGGGGUUUAUGGAGAUAAUAAGGAGAUGGAGAAAUUCAGACUGGCUCUUGAGGAGGCAAAGUUCACCGUUGGAAUCACUUUUGAUACCAUAAAUGGGGAUUGGUCUGAACUCUUAACAAGGGUUACAGAUGCUGUUAUGAGCAACAUGGUGGAGGUGGAAAGAGACCAAUUCAUCAAAUUAAAGCUACCUGCAAAUUAA